AUGAUCGACGGGUGUUCGUCACGACUCGUCACCGACGACGUCAAGAACAAGCCAGCGGCCCCCUAUUCGGAGACGUUCUGCCGAGUGCCCUGGACGCUCGCCUUUGGCGCCAUGAAUUGGCCAUUCUCGUUCGAGGCCCGAAAAGACAAUUCGGAGCGGCGGUCGAGUUUGCUCGGUCAAGUCCGUCGACCGACGCCAAGGUCACGAUGGCUCCUCCACCAGGUUUCCAUCGAGGCGCGCCGUGCUUAG